CCCAAGGCAGACGACAAUCCCCAGGUCAAUCAAAAACGCAUAAGAACAGUCAACAAGACCAUUAAAACUUAUAUUCCAAAUCACCUCUCCUCUUUCAAUCACCCUGAACACCAUCAAUUCAAUUAUUUGACAAUGUCUUCCCUUCCCUUUAGUGCUGCCCCCUGGGCAGUCCCCACGUCAGCAAAUCUUACAUCCUCCACUAUUUCCAUUCCGGACGGCGAGAUUGAGAAACUCAAGACACUUCUCAAACUAUCGCCUAUUCCAAAGGCGAAUAUUUGGAAUUCGCGUGAAGAUGGUGCUUUUGGGCUCCCGAGGGAUACUUUGACGGAGUUGGUUGAUUAUUGGGCGAAUGACUACGAUUGGAAGAAAUGGGAGGCUACUCUCAAUUCGAUCCCGCAGUUUGACAUCACUGUCACUGAUGACGACUCGAAAGAUUACAAGAUCAACCUUUUGGCCCUGUUCUCCAAGAACCCUGCUGCGAUUCCAAUCUUGUUCCUUCACAGCUGGCCAGGCUCUGUUGUUGAAUACCUCCCCAUUCUCCAAAAGCUCAAAUCUCAGUACGAUCCUGAGUCUCUUCCCUAUCACAUCAUUGUCCCUCACCAUAUCGGCUUCGGAUUCUCUGAUGCACCGCCUCUCAACAAGCCAUUCACUCAUAUUGACAAUGCCCGCCUCAUGUCCAAGAUGAUGCAUUCUCUGGGCUUUGACAAGACCGGCUAUGUCACCCAGGGUGGAGACCUCGGCGGCUGGACCGCGCCCGUCAUCGCAAACAUCGAUCCAGCUUGUAAGCUCGUCCAUAUGAGCAUGCUGAACAUCUCAACCCCUCCAGGCGAGGACGUUGAGGAAGGCAUCAAGGCCGGCAAGUACACUCCCGACGAGAUGGCAGCCUUCGGCAGAAUGGCAGAUUUUCAAAAGAAAGAAACAGCCUUUAUCCAACUCGACGGCACCAAACCAGCUACAGCAGGCUACAUCUUCGGCAGCAAUCCCAUCGCCCUCCUCUCAUGGAUUGGCGACAAGAUGCACCGAUGGUCAGACGAAACACCCCACAAAGACCUCAUCCUAACCAACGUAGCCUUGUACUGGUUUACAGGCUGUUACCCAACAUCUAUCUAUCUUCACCUCACUGUCCUUGAAGAUCACGAGCUCAUGAUGAAUGCCUGGAAGAGUCUUAAAGUACCGCUUGGUCACUCCGCGUUCAAGAAGGAGCUUGUUACUGCGCCAGAGAGAUGGAUUCGGCAGACGGAGCAGGUGAAGUGGUAUAGAAUGCAUGAAAAGGGUGGACACUUUGCUGCGCUUGAGGAGCCGGAUGCUCUUUGGAAAGAUGUACAGGAUUUCAUUGGGGCGUUUUGGAAGGGUUGAAGCGAUUCCAAUCACGACGCAGCGCUUGAGGAAGAAACAGGCGGCGACAAGCGCCGAGACAAGUUUAGGAUAAUUUAAUUAAGUUUAGCAGACUCUUUAGGUAGGUAUUUUCAUCUCUUACGAUUAGAGUCAUACGUUAUCUGCCGUCUUGUGGCAGUGGAUAUCAAAUAUACGAG